AUGUAUAAAAUGGAAUAUUCUUACCUCAAUUCCUCUGCCUACGAGUCCUGUAUGGCUGGGAUGGACACUUCGAGCCUGGCUUCAGCUUAUGCUGACUUCAGUUCCUGCAGCCAAGCCAGUGGCUUUCAAUAUAACCCUAUAAGGACCACUUUUGGGGCCACCUCUGGCUGCCCAUCCCUCACUCCAGGAUCCUGCAGUCUCGGCUCUCUUAGGGACCACCAGAGCAGUCCAUACGCAGCAGUUCCUUACAAACUCUUCACCGACCACGGGGGUUUAAACGAGAAGAGGAAACAGAGGCGGAUCAGAACUACGUUCACCAGUGCCCAGCUCAAGGAACUGGAGAGGGUGUUUGCAGAGACUCAUUACCCUGACAUAUACACCCGGGAGGAGCUGGCACUCAAGAUAGACCUCACCGAGGCGAGAGUGCAGGUCUGGUUCCAGAACCGCCGCGCCAAAUUCCGCAAGCAGGAGCGGGCGGCGGCGGCGGCGGCGGCGGCCGCCAAGAACGGGGCGGCCGGCAAGAAGUCCGACGCCUCCCGUGACGACGAGAGCAAGGAGGCCAAGAGCACCGACCCCGACAGCACGGGUGGCCCCGGCCCCAACCCCAACCCCGCGCCCAGCUGCGGUGGAGGCGGCGGCGGCGGACCCAGCCCCGCCGCCGGGCAGGGAGCGGCGGGGCCCGGCGGGCCGGGGGGCGAGCCAGGCAAGGGAGCGGCGGGGCCCGGCGGGCUGGCGGCGGCGGGGCCGGGGCAAGGCUGGGCGCCGGGGCCCGGGCCCAUCACCUCUAUCCCCGACUCGUUAGGCGGCCCCUUCGCCAGCGUCCUCUCCUCGCUGCAGCGGCCCGGCGGCACCAAAGGCAGCCUCGUCAAGAGCGGCAUGUUCUGA